AUGGAAGGAGGCAGAGUAAAUGAGGCAACUAAGUGUCGCAUGUUCCCGACCACGCUCAAAGGCCAUGCUAUGAUCUCAUUCAAACGGCUUGCUCUUGAAUCAAUUGGUUCUUUCGUCGAACUUAGAAAGACGACCACAAAAGCCCAAGCUAUUGUCGACUUCAUCUCAGAGUUUACCCUGUCGACAUUCGUCUUGUAUGUUGACGGUGCAUCAAAUCAACAAGCCUACGAAGCCAGCCUGGUCUUGAUCUCAUUCAGCGGAGCUAAGCUCAGUAGCAACGAUGACUACGUUCCUCUUGCCAGUGGCUUAAUCAGAUAUGAGAUGGGUAAAGAGGAAACAAGAGGAAGAAGAAGCAAAGAGGUUGAUUUGGUGCUGAUGGGUGGGAAUUUGAAGAUGCAGAGCCACCACUUUGUGGCUGUGAGGUUGAAUGACCAAACGGGGACUAUCUUGGGUUUUGUUGUAUAUCUUGCUCUGAUGACAACAAUUGGGUUUUUAGAGGUUUCUUGUGGUUGUUGA